CACAUCAUAUACAGUCACACACAAAUCGUUGUACCCUUCUCCGCACGCCCCCAUCCCAUCCGCCCCAUACCGUCCUCUCCCUCAGCAAGUAGGUGUCCCGGGCGUAGCCACCUAGUCGGGUCAGGGGUGCAGCGCCCACUGCUUAAGUAACCCACGCGUAGCGGAGCAAUCGGCGUGACUACAGUCCCAGUGCCCGGGACCUCAAGCAACCUGCUCCCGCCCCGCCCGGCCUCUACGAGCAGAACCGCCACCCCUUCCAAACUCCAGGACCCCCGCCACCCCUAUGAGAGAAGGCGACGCAGAGCAAAGGAGCAGGACGCCCGGCAGCCCGACUUCCCCGCAAGCGCGCGCAGCGCCCGCUCCGUGUCGCCGCCGCGAUCACCCGUGAAGCCCGAUGCCAGCGCCGCGCAUCGGCUGAGAGGGGACAGGGCCGGCUUCACCAGCUUCCCCGGAAUCCGGUCUCCGCCGCGGCUGCGUGUCCCAGCUGGGGCCCCGCCGGCCCGGGAGUGAGCCGCUGCGACCGACCGGGGGUUGGCCCGGGCAGAGGAAGGAGGGACGGAACGGAAGGAGGGCACAGGGGGCGGGAAGGGGACCCUGGAGGAGAGGGAUGGCAAUGUCUCUCAUCCAAGCGUGCCGCAGUCUGGCUCUCUCAACAUGGCUGCUUUCCUUUUGUUUCGUGCAUCUGCUCUGCCUGGACUUCACGGUGGCGGAGAAGGAGGAAUGGUACACCGCCUUCGUGAACAUCACCUAUGCCGAGCCCGAGCCGGGGACAGCGGUGGCGGGCGGCGGUAGCGGCGCCGAGCUGCACACGGAGAAGACCGAGUGCGGACGGUACGGCGAGCACUCGCCCAAGCAGGAUGCGCGCGGCGAGGUGGUCAUGGCCAGCUCGGCCCACGAUCGCCUGGCUUGCGACCCCAACACCAAGUUCGCCGCUCCGGCCCACGGCAAGCACUGGAUAGCUCUGAUCCCCAAGGGCAACUGCACCUACAAGGAUAAGAUCCGGAACGCGUUCCUGCAAAAUGCAUCUGCCGUGGUCAUCUUCAACGUGGGUUCCAAUACCAACGAGACCAUCACCAUGCCCCACGCAGGUGUGGAAGACAUCGUGGCUAUAAUGAUUCCUGAGCCCAAAGGGAAGGAGAUAGUAAGCCUGCUGGAAAGGAACGUCACCGUGACCAUGUACAUCAGCAUCGGUACCCGGAACCUGCAGAAAUACGUGAGCCGCACGUCCGUUGUGUUUGUGUCCAUCUCCUUCAUCGUCCUCAUGACCAUCUCCCUGGCGUGGCUGGUCUUUUACUACAUCCAGAGGUUUCGCUAUGCAAAUGCCAGGGACAGGAACCAGCGCCGACUGGGAGACGCAGCAAAGAAGGCCAUCAGCAAGCUCCAGGUCAGGACCAUCAGGAAGGGCGACAAGGAAACGGAGUCUGAUUUUGAUAACUGUGCAGUGUGCAUCGAAGGGUACAAGCCCAACGAUGUGGUCAGGAUCCUGCCCUGCCGGCAUCUUUUCCACAAGUCCUGUGUUGACCCCUGGCUUCUAGACCAUCGCACCUGUCCCAUGUGCAAGAUGAACAUUCUUAAAGCCCUAGGGAUCCCGCCCAAUGCCGACUGCAUGGACGACUUGCCGAUUGAUUUUGAGGGCUCCCUGGGAGGCCCACCCACCAAUCAGAUCACAGGCGCCAGUGACACGACAGUGAAUGAGAGUUCAGUCACUUUGGAUCCUGCAGUGAGGACAGUGGGAGCCCUGCAGGUGGUCCAGGACCCUGACCCUGCGCCCCAGGAGGGAGAAGCCAUCUUUACAACAAACGGUGAUCAAGAGCCAGCAGUGAGUAGUGACUCCGACAUCUCAUUGAUCAUGGCCCUGGAAGUGGGACUGUCUGAUGUAGAACUUUCCACUGACCAAGACUACGAAGAGGUGAAAUCUUGAAAUCGUAGAAACAGAAAAGAGAAAACACAGGACCCAGGGGCCCAGGAAGGAAGCAUGCCCAGAGACUUGAACUGGAUACCCAACCUUCAGUUCGCCAUGGCAACCCCAGAGCACUCUGUUCACGGGUGGUAAUGAAAGCAAUAUCCAAAGUCUGCAGAAUCAGGAUGCCGGUUCCCAUCUCUGCAACACUCUGUGGCCUUGGUGUGGAAGUUGGAAGGUGGAUUCCUCCACAUCCGUACAGACACGCAGCCGAAGGUCCUGCCACUGACUGGAAGGAGAUCCUUACCGCUUCUUUUAGCGUCUCCCAUCUUCCUGCUCUUAUUUGGAGAAGAUGGCUUCAUUCCCCUGACAAUUUCUUCUGAAAGAGGAUGUGCAGCUUACAUCUACUCCUUUCUUUUCCCUGUGAUGCACUCCAGUCCGUGGACAGAGGUCCUGGCUGCUGCUCCAGUGAUCAGUUUGUGCCGCAUCUCUGAGAUUUAUAGUCACGGGCUCUCAGUGUGAAGUGUAUAUGACCUUGAGAAUUGCCUCAGCACCCUGAAAUGGUGGAAGGCCAGAGUCCACCAAGUGUCUAGCUCCCUCCUCUAAGUGGGUCCUGACGAGCCCUGCGGCCAGAGACAGCAGUGCUAAGUUCUGGACCUGCUGAAUCCGUUACUCUUUGUUUUCACCUGCAUCAUGCUGGGCUCCGCCUGCCAUGCUCUGCCCAGCAUCACCUUGGCAGCGAGAACUAUCAGGGACGAGGCUGGCUCAUCUGACUUCAGGGUCUUAGACUAAAACUCAGAAGUUCCCUGCAGGGCCAGAAUAUAAAUGCUCAGAGUGUGUGUGUGGAACUCUAAACCUAGUUUAAAAACCUGACAGCCCCAUGUUCCCAGGGCAAGGAAGAUGGCUGUUGCCCUGGUUGCCCCCAAGGCCUCAGCAGUUUGUCACCUUUGUAAGUGAGUUCUGUGUGUCCAGGCUAAAGAAAAGAUGCAAUCUUUUUUUUAGGUCACUGGUAACCAGGUGUAAACUUACUUCCGGUUCCGUUCUGUUAAUCCUCAUCAGCCUACACGGAAGGCGCUAAAUAAAUCCUUAGCAGUUUGCAGCUCAGGUCUUCCUGAGCGCACCCUCGUCCCAAGAGGAGGAUGAGGUAUGAUUUGAUACGGUCUGAACCAAAAAGUACAUCAUGGGGAAUUGCUAGAUCGAGUUUCUCCUGACUGUGAGCAACAAAUAAGAUAAAAAGAAAAAAAAAAUAACCAAUGACUAUCUAAAUCCACCUGUACUAUAAAGUGGUUUAUGGUUUUAUUCUUUUUGUUUGUUUGCUUGUUUGAAACGAUGACAAAAAUGUGCUGUUUCUCAAGUGGGCAGUUUUGUGAUACGUGCAGCCUCUACAGAGGCAGAGGUAGCCCCGUGUCACUGGGCAACCAGGAAAAUCUCCUCAUCAUCUUAGCGGUUGGCAAGGUCACCCAGAGGCUGGGAUUAACCAGGAGAGCGAGCUCUUCCCACUGAGCUGUGUUUGUAUAUUUGAUUUGGGUUUUUCCACCUCAUUACACUAAUACUCAGGCAAACAGGGCUUGGCCGAGCUGUAAGUCCUUGCUGCCCACUGGAAUUUUGAGCUCAGGCUGAGUUCUCCACUGUUCUUCUGCUGGCUGCCUUUCAUGCGCUCCUGUUUGCUGGUGUGUGAACGCACAGCAAGGGGAAGGACCUUCAGAAAAACCUCUUCUGCCGAUGGUCCUGCAGCUCCCAUGGUCAAUUCCAGCCUCCAGCGGUGGCGAAGAUCCAUAGCAAGGAUGCAGGCGAGCGCUGAACCAGAGUCUGUGCACAAGGAGCUUAGCAGAUGACUCCCAUGGUUCCCUCUUUCUUGGACCCCUCUCUUGCACUUCUCCAGUGGGAUCUACUGUGAGCACAGCUGCGCACACAGCAAAUGCUGGUAUGAAGUCUAAGGAGAUGAGGGUAAUUCAACAGCAAAAGAAAUACCAGCUAUACUGCAUGCCCAGGGAAAAAAGGGUCUGGUGGGCGUUUUCCUGUGUUUGAUGGGCAUUUUCUGGCCAGUGGUCAGGUAAAUCGCUGAGGACGUUGAGCAAGCCCUUGACCUGAUAUCCUUUAGGAUGCUGAGUGGGUGGCGAAGGACCCAAAAGGUCUGUCCUUUGUACCACAACCUUCCCUGCCUCCUUCCACAGUAAGACACUCUGACCUGGGGGCCCAGUGAUACCCAAAUGGCAGUGUAGCCCCUAAGUGCAAACUGAAAAGACAUUUGCAGACAUGCAGCUUUCUGCGGCAAGUGUCUGCACCAACUCUGCCCCGUUGAAAUACAGCCCAAGUCACAUACAUUUUUUAAGCUUUCCCAUUAGUCACAUUUUAAGAAGUAAAAAGAAACAGGUGAGAAUAAUUUAUUAAUAUUUUUAUUUAACCCGAUAUUAUUGUUUUGACAUACAAUUGAUAUGGAAAGUAUUUGGAAACUAUUUUCCUCUCUUUUUUAUUAUAUCUUCUAAAUCCGUUGUGUCUUUUACACACACAACACAUUUCAAUUCUUACUAGCCACAGCUGAAGCCUUCAGUAGUCACAUGUGCCUAGUGGCCUGGAGAUGCUCCAGAAUCCUCCCGAGUGUUCCUGGCUCUGACAGAAGAAAAGGGGGAAGAAGAUUACCUCAGUUUCAGAGAGAACCAGACUCCACUGAGCCACCUAAGGAGAGGCCAGGGGUGUACUUGUUUUAUGAUUAAUAUUGGUUCAAAUAGCCUUUACUAACUUCCUGUGAACUCCCUAAACACUAGUGUCCACUAUCACCAACUGUUACUUCUCUGACAAGUUGUUUAAAAAAAACAACAAGACAACCGGCCAUAUUGAUUUGGUGCUUCAAAGAAAGUACAGCCUCGCUUCUAUGACAACGCUUGAGAGUCCAAUUACACCCUCACUUCUAUGACAACCCUUGAGAGUCCCAUGUGACACUUAGCCAAAGAGAAUCUGCCUCGACCCUAAUUCCUCCUCCUUAUGGCUGGGAGGUUCUAGAGAACAGAACUCAGACACCCAAGGAGACGCGCAAACAACUGCAUACGGGGGGGCCCCCCAUAUCGGAUCAUGUGGCCUUGUCAAGAGGGGUCUGGGAGCUGUGACCAUCCAGCUUGGUGAAUGGUGAGCAUCUCCCUGUUCGGCGUCUCCCAUGACACACAGACUGUGGGAGGCAACGAGCCUUGAAUUCCUUCAGAGUUGUUUUCAGAAUGGCUUUCUUCAAAGUGGUUAGUCACCCUGGAAGAGUCGAUGCCUCCUAAACGCAGCGUUUGAACCCUGACCAGCCCCUAGGGCUUGGUGGAGCCUUCAGUAUCAAUUCUGACCUCACAGCCAAGGGAGAGACGCAGACUAGAGAAAGUAGAUGGUGACUGUAACAGAGGCACCUAGAUAUUCAAUACUUCAUGUAACAUCCUGGCAGUGGAAAUGGGUCUCUGUCCAGAAAAGCUUUUGUGACUUUUGCUUUAGAAUUUUUCUCGUCUGUGGGUAUUCGUGGUGUGGUCCUAUUAAGAAUGGCUGUGACCGGUAACCAAGUCCGUCACAGUCCAGACAUCCCUGGGGCUGCCACACUUUCAGAACCAGAAAGGAUGACAGAGUCUGCCUAGGAUUCGUUGUAAGCUUAGUUGGUGCUGAAAUAAAUUACAGAGUAAGACCUGAAUGGCAUUUAGUUGUCCACUGAAUGCAAAGGCUUGGCCGAACAUGGAAAUUACCAAAUAAAAACUUUCCAGAAGCUUAGAACAUAAGUGUCACACCCAGUAUGAGGAGAGGGCCCAGCCUUCUGCGGUACUGAGGCCACUAGGCUGAUGUCCUGUAGCGGUCUUACCUUCUCUUCUUUGGGCUUCUUCUGUGCUUUUCUGUGUUUUGAUGGCCUGCUUUUUUGUACACGCAUGUGCACACACACACACACACUUUCUCUAUCACGCUUCCCAUUUCCUGCCUCCCUCCCAUUCUACACUUUAUUCCAUCACAUUUCCAUAUAAGGAAUAUUCCAGUAACAGCACCUGCUGCUGCUCCCUUUCCAGACUCUUUGCAGAAAGUUCCCUGAGUAAAUACUAACAUGCCUACAAUUUCAGAAUGCUGGGAUCUGCUAUCUUUGUUUGUUUGUUUGAAACAGGGUUUUUCUGUUGCUUUGGAGCCUGUCCUGGAACUCACUCUGUAGACCAGGCUAGCCUCAAACUCACAGAGAUCCACCUGUCUCUGCCUCUCUGCUUGGAUUAAAGGUGUGCGCCAUCACCACCCAGCUAAGGAAUCUGCUAUGUUACAUAACCAGAAUCUAUAGCCUUCUAGUCCACGUGCCCCAGAAGCAGACUCUGUGGCUUCUGUAUCUGACAUCUGCCCAAGCUCCUCAUUGGCUAGCUUAACUUGGGCAAAGAGGAACGAGGAACAGGGGUGCUACUCUUCCAAGUUCAGCCACUGCUUUCUUAAGCAGCUCAGAGUGGACCAAAGAGCAGGGCUGAUAGCUGCAUUUAACAGGGGAGGUGGCCUAAAGGACAUCAAUGAGGGGGUAGAAUCCCAGGUCAAAGCAGGGCUGGCUUAGUGGGAAGUCUCUCUGGAUAAAAAAAAUGCCCUGCCCUGGGUUCAGAGCUCAUCAGUAGGUCCCAGGGAGAAUGGGUGUUCAAUAAUUUAAUAUGUAUGAGUUAAAACACUCUUGAAUUGCAAAGAAAAUUGGAAUAGCAGAAAAAUAGGUUAGUUUUGAAAAGCAGGACUCUGUCUCUCAGUGCUGUGCAGUUCUUCUCGCUCUGCUUUGUCCCCAGCACACAGCCUUUUAUAGCAGGGACAGUAGUAUUCAAAGUCCGCUAGAUAGGCAGCCAUUUUGUCCCACUGUGAACCUUUUGGCGGCAUGAUGCUGCCCCAGAACUAAUGAGGUGAGCGCAGAUCCUAGACCAGCCUGUCUGUCACUCACUCCCUCUGCGUGUCUGCAUCCUUCCUGAUCAACACUCUCUCUGUCAUAUCCCUCAUAACUGCGUGGCUUUUUUCAUGGACCUCAGUUGCCAGCUCCUCUAACCCAUGGCACAAUUGAUGCCCACACUCACUGCAGAGAUGUUUGCUCCCUGGUCAUUUGGUUCGUGUUCAUUGGUGGUGAUUAGGUGGGAGUGUGCUUCUUGGAAGAGCUCUAAACACAGGCAGACAGAAAAUCUGCACAGGACAGAGAGAAAGUUGAGUUACCCAAAGACAUUCCUGGAUAGAGAGUCUCUGGGUUUGCCAUCCUUAGACCAGCGGCGGCCUUGGGGAAGCCAGGAAGAUGUGAGGACCGUGUGUGCUAAAUAAACCAAAGACUGAGCGCCACCCAAAUGGACACAUGUUCUUCCACAAACUAGCUGAAUUUUCUCCUGAUGUUCUCACCAACAAAGUCAAGAUGGACCUUUAGUGGCUUUGAUUUUGGGGGGCUGCUUCUUGGUCUUACUAAAUCCAUAACUCUACAGUAAACAAACUGUGGCCUUGGUAACGUGCCCUCUUUAAUCUCUAGUGUUUAGCCCCUUUGUUCCUUCAAAACUUCCAGACAAAUCUACCACUUAUAUUGAACCCAGAAUAUUGUUUCUUUUUUUUUUGAGAAUGUGAAGACUUUAAACAGCCAAAGAAUUUUCGUGUAUAAGAGCUAGUUCACUAGUGUAUCCUGCUCUUUGAAGAAAAUACCAAAUUGUCGUCUGUAGGGCUAGAACAGAUGAAGGUCAGUGCCCGAGCUUGGCACUCCAAAUUUGUGUUGGUAUUGUCAGUGCUGUAGGAUGUUAUUGUAAGGGGCAGAGCGCCCUCUGCUGGAACAAUACCUAGAUUCUUUCAGCACGUUUGUUUGUCAUGGAUCUCCAUUUCAGCAAUGUGUGUCUUGCUUUUUAUCCAUACCAUUCCCUCAAUAGUGUAGGAUUUGUUAACACUUCUCACAUGAGGAGAGAAUGUCAUGAACUCUAAAGAGCCGUAGGCGACCGCAAGGCAGACCUGUUUUAAAACGUUGCUGUGUUCUGUUGUUGUCUGGGGAGAGGUUUCCGGCUGGGGUGUGUCAGGAUUAUCAGCAGAGGUCUGUUCUACUUCCUCGUGUGAAAUCUCAAAGGAAGAUCAAUAAAAGGACGUCUUCCGUGUGAAUGUAAACGGCGUGAAAUACGUGUUUGUACGUGUACGGAAGCUUUCAACUUACUAAUAGAAAAACGAUUGUGCUAUUUUAUAAUUGGGAAGCGCGGUAGAGGUGGGAGAGGGUGGGGGUGUGCUAUUUUUAUAGUGGGAUGUCCAUUAUGCUUGGAAAACUUAAACUAAUUUUUGUAUUGUGAGACUACAUUCCGUCUAUUCCCGGGGUGGGGGUGGGGCGUUCCUUGAAACUCUCAUCAGGUGGAAGGAAGCGUUUUCCUGAUUUGCAGGAGAAUCUCGAGUCUAUAUGGCACCAGGUGUGGCACACAUGUCUGUCACCUGCAGACCAUAACCAGCAAUUGUCAGGUUAAAAGCAGGGGCACAGAGUAGGGUGGCAUUUUUUUUACCCUCUGUGUAACACAUUAUUUAUGACUUUUUUUAAAUUCUACAAAAAAUGGAUUUGCAAGUCUGAAAUAAUCCAGCAUGACAUCAUAAGCCUGUCUCCAGCAUCACCACCCCCAAGAGCAAAGGGAAAAUCCAGUGGCUUUAAUGUUCCUCCCUAACAUGAAUUAUGUGCUUCCAUUGUAAAAGAAUGCGUCACAGUCAGUAUUUUAUUGAGCUUGCCCACAAGGUCACGUUGGCAGGUCCCUGGGUCAAGCGCAAGAUGGUCCCAUCCCCGUGUUUCUCCUCGCCUCAUAGUCAGAGGACAUGAGGUGGACUUUUCUCAGCUUCUUUGUCCUCUGAUGCACAAAUUACAAGAACAGCUCCAGGUGGUUUCCCAUGGAGAAUUUUGGACUUGGAGUUUGGGUCACUCUUACGUGCCGAAAUAUGGUGGUGGCGCGUUCUACAGCCAUUCUGGGAAAACCUCAUGUCCCCUGCAGCCCCUGCAUAUGUACGUGCCUAGGCGGGGCCGUGUGUAGUUUCUGUUUGUGGUCUGUCUGCGUGUUUACAUGCCUAGCCAGGGCAUCAUUUCUGUUUGUGUCUGCCUAUCUGUUUCCUUCCUUCCCACCCUAGACACCAGCCCUACUUCCCUUACGCACUUUAUAUCUCUUUAAACACACAAGAAAUUGGAAGAAGAAAAAAAACCAACACUUGACUUUAAAGGACUCAGUCUUCUAUUAGGAAACACAGAUUCUGUUUCGUUUCCUCGUCUUCUUGGUAUGCUGGGAAAGCAUCUACGGUUCGUCUGGUCCUGGGCUAGGGUGCAAGGUUAAGGGUGAGAGUUGGAAACAUUCACUCAGACAUGACCUUUCGUUAUAUUGAAGACCAUAAUGUAAAGCAGUGCAGCUGUGCUCUGCGUACUCAAAGGUUCUAUCAAAGAACUUAACGUGAGGAUUGUGGCAUCCAGGAAGUUUUUGUUUGUUUUGUUUUGUUUUCUAAUAAAAUGGAAAGAGA